AAUAAGGUAUUGUAUUUCCCAAGGGAAGGUCCAGAGACGUCCCUCAAAAAUGAGGUGCUCCAGGGAAGAGUUUACAUUGAGGUGUCGAAAGUCGAAAGUCGAAAGUCGAAAGGGUUCAUACCAUUGUGUUAAGAGCUACAAAUUAGGGGCAAUCCACGUAAUUGGGCCGAGAACCACAAGAGAAAUCAAAACAAACCAAACUAUAAAAAGGGAAGAGUUUAUGCAUAGCAGGAUAUGAAUCCAUGCCUUGGUGGAUGCAAGAAUUAAUUUAGAAGUUGAACCACAAUUUGAAGACUUUUUAUGCAAUUAACCCUAAUAUACGGAAGAAGUGAAUUGAGUAAAAACAAUAAAUACGUUCACUUACAUCAAAAGAAAAUAUUAUUGAUAUUUAAAGAAAGGAGUUUUUUUCUUGAAAGGUUUGUGUUUAAGGUAUUUAUUAUUUUAAUAAAAUAAUUAUACGAAAUAUUUUGUUAUCAAAAUCUUUUAUGACUUUUAUUUCAAACCAGUCCUCAAAUUUCAAAUCAUUCUAAUUAUAUCCUCAAAUUAUUAAUAUCAUAUCAAUCAAAUCCUUACAUUGCUAAAAUCAUUAAUUUAACUAUUAAUCUAAAAUAAAAUUUUAAGAAAAAUUAAUAUUGUUAAAAUAAAUUUUGUAAAAAUAUUAAUUUUGAGGUUUUCAAAGUAUUUAUGGAUGUUUUAUUAUUCAUUUUCUAUUUUUUCAGUUUUAGUUUAUUAUUAGUUUUACUUUUAAAAGUUAUGUUGCAAUGCCUUAUUUUUUUUUAAAAAGUUAUCAUUUUAAAUUUAGUUACGUAAGAUUUGGCAUGCCAUGAUUGAUAUAGCCUUGAUAGUUUGGGGAUGUAAUUAAAACGUUCUGAAGUUUGAGGACUAAUUUAAAAUGAUAGUAUAAUUUAGGGAUAUAUGAUUCAGUUAACUCUAAAUAUAAAAAUCAAAUACUGAAUACAAUAAGGUUAAAAUAUGCCAUAAGUCAUUAUACUCUUCAUAAAUUCGGAGUUUAGUUCCUAUACUUUUCAGAUUUCAAAAUUUAGGUCCAAUUAUUAAUAUCGUUAAAAUUAUUUUGUUAAAUUCAAGUUCAUUACCAGGUGAAUAAUAUUUUUAUUUCAAAAUGUUAUACCAACAAUAAAAAUUAACAAUAUUAAUAAUUGGACCUGAAUUUUGAAAUCUAAAAGAUUAAAUUAUUAGAAAUAAAAGGACAAGGACUAAAUUUCAAAUUUGUAAAGAGUAUAAGGAGUUAUGACAAAAUUUAACCUUACAAUAAUGUAUUCGUAACUCCAAUAUUGACACAAAUUUUUUUACAUAUUUGUUUUAAUUUGAAAAAAUAAUAAUAAUAAGAGAAGGUGCCAGGGGGUAGGUGUGAGAUUUGACCGAACCAACUUGGCAGGCCCUUUUCUUAAUAUAAAUUCCCUUCUCCCUCUUUCUUUCUUCUCAGCUUGACGUUCCCUUCUUCCAAAGAGAACAACAAGCUUUUCUUAAUACUAAAAUUUUAACGCUUUCCUUUCCUUCGUCUUUCCUUUGCUUUCCUCUGUGUGAUUUUUAAUAAAAGGGAAACGAGAAGGAAAAAUGCAGGCAAUUUCUCAAGUGCAAAAUCUUAAUUCGUACCUUAUAAUUCGCCGGUCGAAGCCUCGGUUUGAUAAGCCGGUUCGGUUAGCUGUACCUGUACGUUGUGUGUAUCACUCUGAUUCAGUUCCAUUCCCCAAUGGAGUCGGUUCAAGCCGGGUGGAUUGGCAAAGCUCGUGUGCUAUUUUGUCUAGCAAAGUCUUCUCUCAGGAUCAAGAUUCCGGUGAGAAAUCGAACACUUCCUCCGCCUCCGAUCACCUGGCGGCGGCAGUUAACGGCCAUAAAACUUCCUUGGAUCUGAACUUAGUUCCGCUAGAUAAGAAGAACAAGCCUCAGCCACCUGCUAAACAGCCUCCACAGAAGCCGUUAACUAUUACCGAUUUGUCUCCUGCUCCGAAGCACGGUUCUCAGUUGCGUGUGGCUUAUCAAGGAGUUCCCGGUGCUUACUCGGAAGCUGCGGCGGGGAAAGCUUAUCCAAAUUGUGAAGCUAUUCCUUGUGACCAGUUUGAAGUUGCGUUUCAAGCGGUUGAGCUUUGGAUUGCUGAUCGAGCUGUUUUACCGGUGGAAAAUUCACUCGGAGGUUCGAUUCAUCGGAACUAUGAUCUUCUCCUCCGUCACCGACUCCAUAUCGUCGGUGAAGUUCAAUUACCUGUCCAUCACUGUCUUUUAGCUCUCCCGGGAGUUAGGACAGAGUAUUUGACGCGCGUCAUUUCUCAUCCACAAGCUCUGUCACAGUGUGAAAACACUAUCACCAAACUCGGCCUCAACGUCACGCGCGAAGCAGUCGAUGAUACAGCCGGAGCCGCCGAAUAUAUCGCGACGAACAACCUCCGUGACACAGCAGCCAUAGCGAGCGCACGCGCCGCCGAACUCUACGGACUCAACGUCCUCGCCGACGGGAUCCAAGACGAUUCAAGCAAUGUCACGCGCUUCGUUAUGUUAGCUCGUGAUCCGAUCAUUCCACGCACGGACCGGCCGUUCAAAACGAGCAUCGUCUUCGCACACGAAGAAGGAACCAGCGUGCUUUUCAAAGUGUUGUCGGCGUUCGCGUUUAGGAACAUCAGUUUGACGAAGAUCGAGUCACGGCCACACCGUAACCGGCCGAUCCGGCUAGUCGACGACGCCAAUGUAGGAACCGCGAAGCAUUUCGAAUACAUGUUUUACGUGGAUUUCGAAGCGUCAAUGGCGGAGGUCAGAGCUCAAAACGCGUUGGCGGAGGUUCAAGAAUUCACCUCUUUCUUGAGGGUAUUAGGCAGUUACCCAAUGGAUAUGACGCCUUGGUGCCCAUCCAGUUGAAACCCAUGAAAAUAAAAAAAUAAAAAAAAACAAAAUAAUAUGCACAAAAAAAAAAUUGUUGAACUUAAUUUUUAAUUUAUUUCUUUUUCUUUUUUGUUAUUAUCAUCAUUUUUAAUUCAACAACAACCAAAAAUGACAUUAUUGUUGUUGAUAUUGUUGGGUAAAUAUAGUCAAUUUAAGUCCUUUCAA